UAGCUGUAUAACACCCUCAAAAAAAAAAUUAUUGUCCCAUACUACUUACAUAUAAAUGUCGUUAUGGCAUUCCUCUACCACAAUAUAUGAAGAGGAGAAAAUAUUCAAAGUUUAUACAUUCCUUUAGAGGUCAAGUCGUACAAGACAAGGUGGGUUUUAUAAUAUUAUAUGAUCUCAUCCUUUUACCGCAGUCAAGUUCAAAACACAAGAACUUUUAUUUAUUUUUGUGUGUUAAAUUAUUCAUGUAGUAUAAAACUUAUUAGCUGUAUAGACAAUGAACAAUGGAAUUUAUAUUAUUUCCAGGCUCUAGAAUUUCAUUUCUAUAUGAUGAUCUACAUAAAAAUCCGUCUAUUAUAAAUCCUCUACACUGCCCUAUAAUGACCACAAUCGUAGAAUUAGAAAGUUGGCUGAUCUACCAAUAUGUCGCCAUGGAAUGUUCGAACUGUCUUUUUAUGACGGAAAGUACCUUCAAAGCCAGAGACAUCGGCUUGAGGGCCCAAAAGAAAAUCUUAAGCCGAAUGGCAGGAAAAAACAUCGCGAAAGUUUUCAUUGACGAUGUUACCGCUUCACUUUUGGACAAUUUGUAUCGAUUGGCAAAACAAUAUUCGAGCAACAAAAAAGAAGCAGAAAAACUAAUCAAAAACAUAAUAAAGGUGGUAAUUAAGCUGGGAGUAUUACAUCGCAACAACUUAUUAUCGGAAGAAGACAUGAAACUUGCAGAAAAAUUCAAAAAUAAAUUCAGAAUGGCCGGUAUGACAAUUAUUUCGUUUUACGAAGUCGACUACAGCUACGAUCGCAAUUACCUCGUUCACAUUCUGGACGAGUGCCAGACAAUCUUGCAGUCCAUAAUUUGCAGGCACCUGACCGAAAAAUCCAUAAACAGGGUGGAAAGUGUUUUUUCGUUUUUCGGAAAUCCCACAUUUUUGGAUAAUAUUUUCAGGAGCAACAGCGAUCAUAGGGAGUUAUUGGGUCGUGUGGUUAAUGAUUUGAAUAAGGCCAUUGAAAAUGGGGAUUUGUGAGGAGUUAUUUUGGGGUAUUAUAUGUGAUUUUUUUUUAUUUGUAGUAUGAUUACUAGUCUUAAUUUAUUUAGCGUUUAGUUAGGAAAUAAGCCUAUAUUUUGACUCUCUAAUAUUUACCAAUGUAUAUUCUUGAUGUAUACAAAAACAAAAUUAUUUGGGAACAAAAUUUAGUUGCAAUAAUUGACCCAUUUGAGUACAAAUUUAUUGAAACAAUUUUGACCAAAACCAAUCAAUUCCAUUAGAGAAAAGUGUGUGUAGCAAUAAAAGAAAAAUGUACUUUUGCUGUAUUAAAAAUUAGCUCUUACCUACACGUAAAUGUAAGUUAAAAAUUGAAACCUCAAUUUUGUUUUAUACAUAUCUUGGGUGGAAAAUAUUUUUGCACAUGCAUAUUUAUAUACUCAAACUGCAAUUUACGCUUCAUAAACUACCUUUAUAUACCUAUACAACUUCUAAAUGAUAUUUAUAUAGACCUAAUGUACGCUUAAAAUGAAUAAUACAUAUUUAUAUACAAUGCCUCUCCUUUUACCCAAAAUUUGUAUAUGUAUAUACAGCACUAUAAUUUCUUGCCUAUUUUAGAUCUCUUCUUAACUUGCCUCAUUUUUUUAGGUCAGUUUAUAUAUUAACUGUUAGUUAUUUUUAUCUAGCUGAUAUUUAUGUUAAUUUGUUUGUACAAAAAUAAAAUAAAUGUUACACUGUGUUGAUAAAAAAAAAUCGUCUCUAAUUUCAAUAAAACAAAUUUUAUGAUUUUAAAUCUUUAAUACAAAUAUGUAUAUGUAUAUCAAAAUUCAUCUUUGGAAUGACCAGCAUGCCUGUACCAUUUACUAACAAUUGAAGCUACUUUAGGGCCCAACCUUUUGCAGCCUGUUUUCGAAAAUAGCUUGGACUCGUCUGGGCCCCAUUCAAUAAAUUUCAUAACUUCACUAGAGAAAAAAAAAAUUAAUUUAUUAAAAAUAUAAUUACUUGUUUUUAGGACCUUACUCUAUGUGUUUUUUCUCUGGAGAAUUUACUCCUCUAAGCUUAAACUCUUGCUCAAUACAUUGGACAAUGUGUUUUUGUUCCAAUGGCAAAAAUGGAAUAUAAUGAUCAAUUAAGUUAUUGGAAAUUGUGUCGCUGUGGAAAAAACCACCUAAGAGUUGAUAUUAAGUACCUAUGCAAAAACUGAAAAAAACUAUUAAACCUUCUUUAUUAAAAGCUCCUUUUGAGAUAAGAUUCUCAAAAUCAAACAGCUUCAAAUCAUCCCUUCCCUUGCCUUCACUGAUAAACAAAUCAUGAUAAUGUUCAUUAAUUAUAUCAGCAGCAAUGUUUGAUAGGAAAAUGAAUACUGAUUGAGAAAAUGCAACACCUUGGUGAUUAUAAUCUAUCAAAGGUUUUAUCGAAUUGAUAAUUUCAGGAACCAUUUUAUCUACUUCAUCAAAUAUAAAUAGUUGAGUGGGGCAUUGUGUUAUAUUGUUUGUUAGCCAAUGAUAUAAAUUUUGCUAAAAUAAUACAUAAUGUAUUUGUAUAUAACAUAGCAUAUAAACCUACUAUAUUUUCUGAGACAUUUUUUACUUCAGAAAAAUGCAUUCGUCCAAUAAAAUGAUGCACAAAUUGGCUUUUAGAUCCUUUUCUGAAUAGACUAUCUGCAAUCAAAUUUGAAACAAAAUUUUUCCCUGUGCCUGUCAUACCGUGGAAACUUAAAGUUAAAGGUUUUGGCGAUGUGUAAUAAGGGUUGAAAUGAGCUGUUAAAGCCUCGAGAGCUGUUUCGAGCAGAGGUUGUCCAUAG